GCAAUACGAUACUGGCAUUUGGUUACUUUUGCAUUCAUGGAAUUUAUAAAAUUCUGUAUUAAAACCAAAAAUUGUAGGAAUUAUCUAAUAAUGGCAACUCUAUGAUAUACGGCUAUGUUUGAGGUAAUGUUUAAACCGUCAUAAACUAUUGCUUAGUGCCAAUUGUGACUUAAGAUUUCACUAAAUUUGUUUUGUUGGUUAACCUGUAAUACGAAUGUUUUUAGUACGGUGCUUGUGUCUGUACGAAGUUAUAAAAAUUUUGUGACGUUUGUUUUUGUUGCUGAUUGAGAGUAAACGAAAUUGAAUAAAAAAAAAUCAGUCAUGGCGGAUCCGAGACUCGAGAAGGACGUGUCAAACGGCGUAGGAGAUGAACAUGCCGAAUCGAGGGAGCAUGUUUACCUUGAAGAAACAUUCUAUAUUCUUUCGAAAAAAAAUUCAGUGUUUCGAGUACAGCUUACGUCCAAAGGGUUAACGUUAACAAAAGAAACAGAUGGGAACUCGAAAGAGCAAACGAUCCUGCUGCGCGACAUCGUCGGCAGCAAGUGUAUGAGGAGCAAAAGACGACGACCCGGGGCAGGAUCCUGCGUGUGCAGUUUCGUAAGCCAGCAGCAGCUCAAGGUCGUCGAGGAAAACAGCGGUGAUCUCGACGAGAACGAUAUCAGCGCGUACCUGUACAUCUACGCCUAUAUUUUGAAACGGAGCCGCCGCACUAUGAAAAGGGAGAGAACAACAAUAACGUUGCGGUUCAGAUCGUUUGAUAAGUACGAAGAUAAUAACAAAGAGGCGCAGAAGUGGAGAUCGACAAUAAAGUGUCUGAUAGCGGGUCAGCCGAUCACUUAUGUUCCGCCCGCGAACGAUAAGAAGCUGUUGAUAUUGUUGAACCCUAAGUCGGGGCCGGGGAAAGCGCGGGAGCUGUUUCAGACGAAAGUGGCACCUAUUCUGCAGGAGGGAGAGAUUCCGUAUGAUCUCCACGUGACUAAAUACGCCCAGUACGCCCGGGAGUUCGUUCGUACGAGGAAUGUGUAUGGUUGGCGCGGGAUCGUGGCUGUGGGGGGCGAUGGCGUGUUGUUCGAAAUCCUGAAUGGAAUGUUCGAGAGGCUGGACUGGCAGCAGGCCUUGGCGGAAGUGCCACUCGCGAUCCUGCCUUGCGGCUCUGGCAAUGGACUGGCCAGGACUAUUUGCCAUUUAUACAAUGAACCAUACAUCCCUCAGCACCUGACCGGGAUGGCCAUGGCCCUGUCUCGAGGGAAAUCGGCGCCUAUGGACGUCGUUCGAGUAGAAACUAAGACACAAAUUAUGUUUUCCUUCCUAUCGGUCGGGUGGGGCUUUCUAUCGGACAUCGACAUCGAAAGCGAGCGGUUACGGGCCAUCGGCGGGCAGAGGUUCGCGCUCUGGGCGCUCGCCAGGAUCGUAGGGCUUCGGCGGUACAAAGGCACAGUCAGCUACGCGCUUAUCAAAGAUAUUAGUAACCUCCCCAAGCCCAAACACCCUUUAGUGCUCAGCCACAGUAUCAGUCAGGACGGAGCGUUAGAUUCGCCCGACGCAGAAGCCUUCAUCGAUUGCGACGAGCACGACUCUAAUAUGUGGACGAGCUCCGCGGGCGGACCGGGCCGACACCAACGCGUAGACUCCUGGUACUCCGUCAACUCCCGCCGCAGCGCGUUCUACAGCACACGAGGCUCCGAGUACCACAGCGUGACGAGUGCCGGCUCUGAAAUGCGAUCACCCGUCCACGCCUGCAUGCACGGGCCCGCGCCCCAUCUCCCGGCGCUCAUGUCCCAGCUGCCCGCGCACUGGACGCACGAACAGGGAGAAUUCGUCAUGGUACACGUUUCCUACCAAGCGUACAUCGGUGAAGAUCUACUCUUCGCGCCUCGCUCGCAGCUUUCAGACGGAGUGAUGUGGAUGCUCAUCAUCAAAGCCGGUAUAUCUCGAUCUCAGCUCCUGUCGUUUCUACUGGGCAUUAACAAUGGCAACCACGCGGAGAGCAACAAUGAGUACAUAAAGCUGAUCCCUGUGAGUGCGUUCAGGAUUGUACCGGAAGGUCCGGGAGGUACGCUCACGGUGGACGGUGAGCUGGUGGAGUACGGGCCCAUUCAGGCCGAGGUGUUCCCCAACAUAGUCAACGUCCUCGUCCCCGACCUCAAAUAACACCACAAGUAUUAGCUACUUAGCGGAUUGAAAAUGACUGAUUUUAGUUACCUAAACUACUUAACCGAGCCGCAGUGUCGACGCUCACGCAGAAAGUAUUCGUUGAUGGUUGUGUUAAGAAAAUGUCUAAAUUAUUCCACACCAAAGCCUUUAUUUCAAUAUGGACAUUCCAAGAACUUAAGUGAUUUAGUUUUAAAGUACGCAUAAUGUUUUAAAAUUGGUUCCACGGCUAUAUGUGAUAAUUUCUUGCAUGUAUCAGUUGUUAAAAAUUGCAACUAGUCAAUGUUUUCGAAUCUUCGAAAGUAAGUGCCAAAAGACGUGCACUCUAAAUGUUUUACUUGUGGUACUUUCUAUGGAAUUGAUAUACAAGUUUGCUCAAGAAUUUUUAUAGUUAAAUAAUGAGCAAUUGAUAAGCUAAUGGAGUUAACUGCAAUAACGGUAAUACGUCCAUCGUUACUAUCUCUCAUUCCAAGUUUGAUUUCAACAAGGACCAAUUUAUUCGUAUUGUAAAAAUAAUGUGUUUUACAAUUAAUUACAUGUAAUGUUUACUUGCCUUUUUUGUAGAUUUUUAUGUUGUUUUAAGACCUAAUUAAAUUAAUUAGUGCAAUGGUUUGGGUUGGGAUGUUUGGGAAUACUUAAUUUAUGUUUGUAAUAGGUUUGUUAAGUGUAAUUUAAACUAUUGUAAUGUUUAAAACUUUCUGUGAUAAUAAUGAAUUCUGCCAUAAUGAUUUAUUCCAAUCGAUGUGAUCGAUUACAAGUUGCCGUGACAGCAGCGGGGAGAGCCACCCCAGUUAGACGCCUAAUUUAUUUAUUAAUUAAUCAUAUUACAAAUUAUUGGGGGCUUAGUAUUAGUUUUUGUAACCUAAUUAUAAGCGCAAAUGUAUUAAAUUAAAUAUUAGAUUAUACAUUAAUAAGCCUAUACUUACUUUUUGUUAGUUUUUGUAGUUUAAUCAGCUUUUCUUAUUGCCACAAAUGAAAGUUUUUUUAAAUAUGUUUUAUUUUAAAAGUAAUCAAAGUAUGUCUGUAUUGUUCUUGCUGAAUUAACAAUAAGAAACAGUCAUUAAUGAACUUAAAUUCAUUUAUCUACAAAGUACCAAAACUGUUUGUAAGUUUUAGAAAAGCAACUAAAGCAUUUCUUGAUACAUUUCCUUAGAAACUUUAAAGCACUGCUAUAGUUCGUGUCAUCCACGAUGACGCGCAGAUUAUCCAAAUCUAACCUUUAAUAACUUGGCAUUACGAGUUAAGGCUCGCGUCUUCGUGAAUGAGACGAUUCACUAAGUAUUUUUUGUUAUGUUUUUCCAAUUUAAAUUCUAUUCCUCAUGAUUUUAAGCAAUGUUUAACAUAAGGAUGUAUAAAUAAGUAGAGUAUGAAGUAAAUGGGUUUUAAUAAUCUAGUACAAAUACAAAACAAUGCUACUAAAGUGAAAAAUGCAUAAUGCUCCGGGAUCUUUGUUUACUGAUCUCCUUGCCGACAACAAUUAAAUCCUUAUGCCAGUAACAAUAAGGUCUUAUUUGGAAAGCAAACAGAAUCUAAGCUCAACAUAUGUAUUUUUGACAAUUAUGACAAGCCAAGUUUUAAUGUAACAAUAAUUAAGGCUUAAUAUCAUUAGAUUUUUAUAAGAAAUAUAAAACAAUUCAAUUCCAAAGGUAUGUUAAAUAAAUUAUAAUGUUAAAAUGGUAAAUGGGUUUUGUUCAUCCAGAACUAUGGAUGAUUGUCAUCCAAAAAGAUUGGGAUUACAACAUCAAAGUCAUGUUGCCUUUGAAUUGUAAUUCCUCUAUUAAAGAAAUAUCAUUAAAUUGUUAUUAAUCAAGAAUUUUAAACACCAUCGGAUUUUGUGAAUAAAUGUUAUUCAAAUUCCAAGUUUAUGAAACUGUUGUCAAUAAAUUAUUAUUCAAAACUA